UCUCUCAUCUGACUGCGCACAAAACUACAAAAAAACAGCAACCGGUUCUUAUGAUAGAUAUUCCGAUAUUUUUAAACAGUUCGGUUAUACAAAUGUAUUAUUGGAGUUGAAUAUAUCAUCGAACGUAGAAAACGGUAUGAAAAUUAUGUAUAGGUAAUUCAAAAUUAGAUUGUUUAAAAGCAGUACUAUUAAAAAUAGAUAUAUUCAAUAUUGUGCGCAUAAGCUCGAAAACUGAUUUCAACUGCGUAAAGAAAACAUUCGGUUGAGUUUUAAUGAUAAGUCAGUUGGUUCAACCAAAUGUGCCUUCAUUCAUUUCUCUAUUUAUAAUUGCUUAAACAAAAAUUGUAUAAACAAAAUGGUCGCAGUCCAAAGCACGUCAUUUGGUGUUUUCGGUUUCCGUCCGAAACUACUGCAACCCCUUAACAGGCUGGAGUUUUUCACACUCUGUGUCUCGAUUUCUGGUCUUUUACAAGGUGCUCUUACUAACGGGCUCUUACCAGCCUCGUUUAGUGCCAUUGAAGCUAGAUUCGGUGUGACUAGUCUACAAGCCUCAUUCAUACCGGCUUUAUUUGAGUUCUCAUCGCUAAUACCUUUGCUACCGCUUUCCUACAUCGGAGGCCGAUCAUCUCAGCCGCGCAUUCUGGCCAUUGGGUUGCUCGUCCAGGUACUGGGAACGCUGGUUCUGCUGAUCCCACAUUUUGCUACAGUUGGAGAGCCGUCAGUGAUGGAGCAUUUGUUGGCCCAUGCCGAAAGUUACGAGCCAGGAUACUGCACUCCUCAAUUCGAGGUGAAACCUGCGAAGGAUUUAGGCCACUGGAUUUCAGUGUUUUACUUGGGAGUCAUAGUCAUGGGAUUUGGAAAUUCAGCGCUCUGGGCGAACUCGUUUGACUACUUAGACAAGAACUCGUCGGACGAGGACUUCUUAAUUUAUAACGCAAUCUUCGCAAUGACAGCUGUGUGGGGACCUGGACUUGGAUAUCUUUUUGGGUGGCUUUUUCUCCGACUCCCGUUUGACGAUAUAGCAAAACAUGAAGAUAAAUACUCCCGUCUGACAGAUGCACAGUACGAAAACUUGCAAAGCAGUCCGUCAUUUAUAGGAGCUUAUUGGCUAGGAAUAGCUUUCAUAGCCCUGAUUCAGUUCCUAGCUGCAAUUCCUAUUUUUGGGUUCCCGCGCGAGCUCCCGAAUGCAGCUGAAAUUCGUAAGUCGAAAGAAGUUGCUUACUCGUACGGAGCAAUAGAAUCGAAAAGGACAGGCGACUCCUUCAACGACAUGAGUUUCAAAGAUGUCUACCAAGGAGUGAAGCAUCUCUUGACAAAUCCUGUAUAUAUGUCGCUCAUCAUUGCGUCUACAGCGUCGGCUUUCUUCAUCACUGCGCUUGCUAUGUUUGGACCCAAGUUAGCUCAAGCUCUCUUUUCCGUCUCGCCUAAGGUAGCUUCACUGUACUGCGCUGUUAUUUUAUUCCCGACUUCUGUUAUAGCCGUUGUAUUGAGCUCGACGUUGCCGAAGUUACUGAAUUUCUCCUUUAAAGAUAUUUUUCUGGUCUGUUUGUUCGGUUCUAUGGUUACAUUUUUGUUGUCGUUCGCACUGCUUUUUCCUUGUUCAAGCACAAAUGACAUCGAUGUUAGUGAUGUGUAUAUCUACCAAGGAUCAACUUGUAAUGUCACCGAGUGCAAAUGCGAUCCGCUCGUUUUUAAGCCGUAUUGUAUGGACGAGAGAGUUUCGCUGUACAACCCGUGCUUCUAUGGUUGUGUUGACGAUAAUAUAGAGAAUUGUGGGUGCUUCGAUGGUGACCAGAAAAAGACUCUUGUAUCUGGAAACUGUGCCACGAAAGAAAGCUGCAGCACGGCGCUGUUCUAUAUUUUCACCUCAGUGCUUAGUGUAAUGUGUUUUAUCGCGUUUUUCAUCUACCCCUCAAUCACAACUGCAAUUGACCGAGUUGUAAUGCCUCAGUAUCGCUCCUUCGGAUUUGGAAUUGCUCUUUUUAUGCUCCGUCUUCUAGGCACCAGUCCAGCGCCGCUCGUGACUGGUCUAAUUUUUGACCAAUCCUGUGACUUUAAACCAAAAAUGGAAGACUCGUCACAUUCGUCAUGCGUGUCGUACUCGGCGCUCAAUCAAUCCUUCGGCGUUGUUGCCGUUUGUUGUUGUGGUUUCUCAGCGUUAGUUCUUUCUCUCGGCUACUCGGCUCUCCAUUUCUCAUAUUCUUCGGUGGCAGAUGACGAAAAAGAGCUUCUGGUUCAAGAUAAACCUAAAAAGCGGUCUAUAGAUAUGGGAAAAAUGUUAGACGAAAUUUUCGAGAACUAGUUUCAUCUAUUAAGUUCGAAUAUGAAUAUAUUUUUAAAAUCAUCAAAUGAAAUGAAACGGCUCGCUGUUUUGAACGGUA